CCCCGGCUCAGGGCACCCCGGGGUUCCCCCCCCCUCGCGGGGAGGAGCCGGCGCGGGGCUGGCGGGGCCGAUAGCGCCGGGAUAUGUGAUCUCCGGGACCUCGCCCCUCCCCGCGCUGCCUCGCCGAAUAAAACGCUGAUCUCAUGCCCUGCGCGGCCGGAGCCUUUGGCUCAGCACCGGGGCUCGCACCCAGGCAGGAUCCGGCGCCCCGGCCGGCGGCCAGAGCCCCCCACCAUGACGUCCUACCGGCAGGAGCUGGAGAAGUACCGAGACAUCGACGAGGACAAGAUCCUGCAGGAGCUGUCAGCCGAGGAGCUGGAGCAGCUGGACAUGGAGCUGCUGGAGAUGGACCCCGAGAACGUGCUGCUGCCGGCGGGGCUGCGCCAACGGGACCAGACGCACAAGAGCCCGACGGGGCCGCUGGACCGCGAGGCGCUGCUGCAGCACCUGGAGAAGCAGGCGCUGGAGGCCGGCGAGCGCGACGACCUGGUGCCCUUCACCGGCGAGAAGAAAGGGAAGCCCUUUGUGCCCAAGAACCCGACGCGGGAGAUCCCGCGGGAGGAGCAGAUCACGCUGGAGCCCGAGCUGGAGGAGGCUCUGGCCAACGCCACCGACGCCGAGAUGUGCGACAUCGCUGCCAUCCUGGGCAUGUACACGCUGAUGAGCAACAAGCAGUACUACGAUGCCAUCUGCAGCGGGACCAUCUCCAACACCGAGGGCAUCAACAGCGUGGUGAAGCCUGACACGUACAAGCCGGUGCCGGAUGAGCCCCCCAACCCCACCAACGUGGAGGAGACGCUGCGGCAGAUCCAGGCCGACGACGCGGCGCUGGAGGACGUCAACCUCAACAACAUCAAGGACAUUCCCAUCUCCACGCUCAAAGCCAUCUGUGAGGCCAUGAAAACCAACACCCACGUGAGGAAGCUGAGCCUGGUGGCCACCCGCAGCAACGACCCCGUAGCCAGCGCUGUGGCCGAGAUGCUGAUGGAAAACAAGACCCUGCAGAGCCUCAACAUCGAAUCCAACUUCAUCACCAGCAGCGGCAUGAUAAGCAUCAUCAAAGCCAUGUACCACAACAGCAGCCUCGGCGAGCUCAAGGUGGACAACCAGUGCCAGCGCCUGGGAGACACGGUGGAGAUGGAGAUGGCUGCCAUGCUGGAGCAGUGCCCGUCCGUCGUACGCUUCGGGUACCACUUCACGCAGCAGGGGCCCCGCGCCCGCGCCGCCCGCGCCAUCACCAACAACAACGAGCUCCGUCGCAAACAGAAGAAAACCUGAGAGUCCCCUCCCGGCACCAACGUGCUGCCGUAAAUAAAGAGACGGAGCGAGGCGGCCGCA